AUGGCUUUCAAAAAGCCGCCACCAACUUCUGCGUCUCAUUCUUCUGCUCACCAUCCACAUCCUCUCGUCCGUGACUUCAUUCUCGUUGCUGAAUUUUCGGAACAAGAAGGACCCAAGCCGUUGCUAACGAUUCCUGGCAAUGCAGCAGGUGACUGUGACUUUGAUCAAAAUACAUUCGCCGUGCGAAUUAUGGCUGUUGACUAUCAAGCACAGAAUAGAGAAAAUCAUUUUAAGUUUGCCGUGGAUACACAAGUAGUUCAGUCGGAAGAAGACGAACGAGUGUCCGCUCAUGUUUAUGUUCAUCACUUUACACUGUAUGAUGUCUAUGCACGUGGGUAUGUGAGGCCGUUUUGUAUGUGCUACGUCACUGGAGAUCAACCGAAACUCAUGCUGAACUUUGAGGAUAUACGGAGACAAUUCUCAUAUGUUUCAGAAACGUUACAUGUCACAAAUUUGCGAGUGUUUGAAAGGGAUUUGAAGAAGAGAAUAGCUGAUUUUAAACACUCUGAAAAGUGUUUGCAAGACCAGAUGACUACAAUGUGUCAGCUUCAGAUAAAUAGUGUUUACAAUUGGGACCUUGAAGAAUCACAAGAUCAAGUCACAGUGAUGAAACAAACCAAAUCGACAACAACAAUUGCAUCAAAAGUAGAACAAAGAAAACUAGAAAUCUGA